AUGUCCGAGCUGGAGCUCAUGGCCCAGCUGGGAGCUCUCUUGCGUCCGGACGAGCCCGUCGAGGAGCUCUUCCGCAGCUUCCCUGGAAGCGGCCGCUUCCACAGUGGCCUGAUGCCGGAUUUGGCGACUUAUGGGGCCCUGAAGGCGCCCGAGGCGGGUCUCUUCGUGGAGUACGAUGGCCACCCGUGCCACCAGCAGCGCUACGGGGACAAAAGGGACCGGGCGAAGAACGCCGCGCUGCUUUCUCUGGCGCCUGACUCCUGGGUGGUCCGCAUCAGCCACGGCGACCGCCAGCCCAUGGGACGCAAUGUGCUCAGCGUCAAGGUGAACUUUUGGCAGGGUGAGAGCGACCAGUCGCUGACACGGACGCUGAGCGAGGUCAUCCAGCAGAUGCUGUCAGGACUUCGCUCCGAGCUCGACCCCGGUGUGGCCCUGCGGCUGCUCCAGCACCAGGCUUCCAACCGGCUGUGCCCCAAGGCCAAGGAGUUUGCGGAAGCUGCGCUCCGCGACUGCCGCAUCCGUGCCAAAAGCCCGCACGACGCCUCACAGGAGACCCCAGGCCCUCCACGACCUGCUCGGUCAUACGCCAAUCUCUGA